CAUUGUUUGCGCACACUCAAACUUUUAGGUCCGCUGUUGUUCCUCCUUCAGCUUCUGAGCGCUUUACGUGAAACCAGCGAAGAGGUUUCUAAAGUCCGGAGGUCUGUCUGGUUGAUUUGAAAGCGGAACUUUGCGGUUUAAGGGCUGGAUGCCUGUUUUAAUUUGCGUCAGUCCUACUGAGCCGCUAACAGGUGUUGUGGACAGAGAACAUGUCCAAUGGCAAAGACGCAAAUGGUGCCGACAACUCCUCACAGAUGAGCCUGCAAGAGAGCCUAGAUGAGUGUAUGCAGGCAUUGGAUCUCUUCCUAAACAACCACUUCAGUAAGAGCCUGGAGUUGCUGCAGCCAAGAGUGAAUCAGAGCAUGUACCAUGCUCUUAUCUAUGCCACGGUGCUGGAAAUGCAGGCCAUGAUGACUUUCCAACAUGAUGACAUCACCUUUGCAGGAAACACCAUGAAGAAUGCCCAAGAUGUCUGUCAGAGGUUUCGACGCAAAUCCACAAAUUUGUCCAAUAAGUCGGAUGGAGAAUCUAUUACUGAAGUGCAGCUCCACGCUGAAGUUUGUUACGCAGAGUGUCAACUCCAAAGAGCUGCUCUCACCUUUCUGCAGGAUGAAAACAUGGUGAGUUUUAUUAAAGGAGGGAUCAAAGUACGAAACAGCUACCUGAUCUACAAAGAACUACAUUCAUUCAUAAAGUCUCACAACUGUCUAAAAGGACCGAGUCACAAUCAUUUAGAAGGAGGAAUAUCAUUUGGAAUCGGAGCAUUUAACCUGACUCUCUCACUCUUCCCACCACGGAUUCUUAAAGUUUUAGAGUUUGCAGGCUUCUCUGGAGACAAGGAAUACGGCUUGUCUUUACUGUAUGACGGUGCAGCAGGAACAAACCUGCGCUCUAUGCUGUGUGCUCUGCUGCUCCUCUGCUACUACACCUUCCUCACCUUCAUACUAGGAACUGGUGAAGGAGAUGUGUCUGAAGCUGAAAAGCUGCUAAAACCUUUCCAGCUGCGUUACCCACGGGGAGCCAUAUUCCUCUUCUUUGCAGGAAGAACAGAGGAGAUUAAAGGCAACAUUGAUGAGGCAGUGGCACUCUUCGAGGAUGGCUGUAAAGCCCAGCAAGCGUGGAAACAGUUCCACCACAUGUGCUACUGGGAACUGAUGUGGUGCUUCACCUAUAAGCGAGCAUGGAAGAUGGCCUACUUCUACGCCGACUUACUGAGCCAAGAGAGCCGCUGGUCCAAGGCCAUGUAUGUGUACAUGAAAGCCGCUUGCCUGAGCAUGCUACCUGAGGAUGAGGCUAGGCCUUUUGGGGAAGAUGAGAUAGAACUUUUUAGAAAGGUGCCCACCUUGAAGCAGAAGAUAGCUGGAAAAUCUCCCCCUACUGAGAAGUUUGCCAUCCGUAAAGCCAGACGCUACAAGGCGUCCUGCCCAAUUAGGCUACCCGUGCCAGUGUUGGAAAUGAUGUACAUGUGGAACGGUUUCAAUAUGAUCAGCAAACGGCCAGAGCUGACUGAAGGCAUGAUGCAGACUUUAGAGGAAGCAGAGCGCACUCUGCAGGAGUCACCUGAGAACGAGUUUUCAGUGGACGAUCGCUGUUUAAUCCACCUGCUGAAAGGUUUGUGUCUGAAGAACCAGGGUCUCCUCCAGGUUGCAGAGGAAUGUUUUGCCAAAGUGUCUGGCAGUGAAAAGAAGAUCAAGUUUGACCACUACCUGGUACCUAACUCACUGGUGGAACUCAGUCUGCUUUACAUAGACCAAGGCAGGAGGGAUGAUGCCAUCAAACUGCUGCACAAGGCCAAACACAACUACAAAGAGUACUCUAUGGAGUCUCGGACACAGUUCAGGAUACACGCCGCUCUGGCCAAACUCAAAGCUGACCCAGGAGAAGAGGACACUCAUCUGUAAGACACUGCGGUUUCAUGGAGGCGGCUCUAAAACUGGACUUUUCCACUGGGUUGUUCCGCAUGUGGCCAGUUUUUAAAAUGACAUUUUUACUUGAUGCUCAUUUUCAACAAUUCUGAGUGUAUCAGGGCUCUGUUUUGGUAAAACACCUAUAAUUUUUGUUACAUCUAUAGUUACCUUUCUGGAUAGAGUAUAAAAUUGUCACGUUGCUGGGUACUUGAGUAAAGUGUCCUUAUUUCACUUUCACAUUGACAUAUAAUUCAUGUACAGAAGCCUUUUAAUUUACAUUAUGGAAAAGUUUUUAUUGUUUACAUUGUAAAUAAACACAAUCUUAGCCACUGCCACUUGUUUCCAGUUUGCAAUGUU